GUCAAAUAAGUCCAUGGAAUGUGGCAUAAAUUAUAAAUGGUUCCAUUUAGUCUUUUCAGAGCUUGCAACCAUGACUAAAAAUGUCGCUCUUUAUAUUUUAUGAAUAUGCACUACAUUUAAUUAUGGGGAAAUUCCAAAUUGCAAAGUACUGCCAAGAUAUGACAGUGGAAAGGAAGCACCAUAAAACUACCUGACUUCAGAACUGACUAAAAUUUCAAGGGACGUGUUCACUGAUUUAAGCUAUGAUGUCCAUGGCUUGUUUAUGAAGAACUGGGACGCGGUGAAUGAGCAUGGUAUAUGCACGUCAGAUAUUGACAGGGAAGAUGCAAAGUUUGUCUGUGACCGCCUGAAUAUACCCUUCCAUGAAGUUAACUUUGUAAAGGAAUACUGGAAUGAUGUUUUCAUAUUAUUCCUUCAAGAUUUGAUGCGAGGCAAAACACCAAAUCCUGAUGUGCUGUGUAACAAGUUCAUCAAGUUUGAUGCUUUCUUCAAGUAUGCUACUGAAACGCUGGGUGCUGAUGCUAUAGCAACUGGUCACUAUGCACAAACCAGCGCUGGAUAUGACCUGGAUAAUAUUGAUCCAAAACUUGGCGUGGAUAUGCUCAAGGCAGUGGACCAGUCAAAGUGCCAGACUCUAUUCUUGUCUCAAAUUUCCCAGCAUGCUUUGAGGAAGGCAUUAUUUCCUAUUGGUGGAAUGAUGAAAUCAGAGGUGAAAAAGAUUGCUAGAUCUGCUGGCCUUGACAGAAUAGCAGACAGACGUGAGAGUAUGGGAAUUUGUUUUAUAGGUAAAAGAAAAUUUCAAGAAUUUAUUGAUGAAUAUGUUGAUGCACAAAAAGGCAACUUUGUGAACAUGGAAACUGGAGAGAUUUUGGGUGAACAUAAAGGUGUCCAUGCCUACACGCUGGGACAGAAGGCUCUCAUUGGAGGGCUCGGAGGGGAACCCAUGUUCAUAGCUGACAAAAACAUGCAGACUAAUGAAAUACUUGUGGUACCAGGGACAGAUCAUCCGGCACUGUUCGUACAGACAGUUUUCACAGAAGAAUUACACUGGAUAAACAAGCCUCCUCGACAGUUGCUCACCGAGAAGAUGUACGACUGUGAAUUUAAGUAUCAGCAUGUAACACUUAAGGGUAGGAAAGUGCAUUGCACUUUGACGUUAAGUGGGGGUAACUCUGUGAUUAUAUCCCUUGAUGAACCAAAGAGGGCCGUAGCUCCCGGGCAGUUUGCAGUGUUUUACGAUGGUGAAGUGUGUUUGGGUGGUGGCAAAAUACGUAAAACAGGACCUAGUAUGUAUACGUUGGGCGAGAGAAACAAACUAACACAGUAUUUAGAUAGUGUAACAUCCUGAGACAUUCUUUUAUACCGGACUUAAUGGUCUUGAUACCAAGGUUGUUUUAGCAUCGUGGUGAUUGCAGAGAAUAAACAAUUGUGUGUUAUUAAUGAUACAAAUAAUAAAUAAAUAUUCACUUGUA